AUGAAAGAUGAUGAAGUAAAUAAUUUAGGUAAUAUGCUAUACACUUUAUUGGGGUCUGUUUUUGCCUCAAUUAUAAGCAGAACUUUACUAUAUCCAUUAGACACAAUUAAAACAAAUAAGCAAGUUCAUAUAAAUAAUUACAAAACUUAUCAAAAUUUCGAUAAAUUUUUUUUUUUUUCAUUUAUUAAAAAAUUUGGUUUUAAAGGAUUAUAUAAAGGUUUUCUUUUUGCAUCUUUAACAACAAUUCCGGCGACAAGUUUAUAUUUUUGUUGUUUUGAAUAUUUAAAAUUAAAAAGAAUAGAUUUCAAAAAAAAAUACAAAGAAAAAUCUGAAGAUGAGAAUUUUGAUCAUUUAAAUUACUUCGAUUAUUUUUCUUUAGGUUUAUUAGCAGAAAUUAUAUCAUGUAUCAUAUUUGUUCCAAUAGAUGUUGUUAAAGAAAGACUGCAAGCACAAAAGUAUUUGCAAUUAAGAGAAUAUAAUAAAUCUUACUAUUUGAUAAAAGAUCUAAUUAAUAGAGAUGGAUUCUUUAGAUUAUAUAGAGGAUAUACUUCUACAUGUUUAACAUAUGGUAUGUUCGGUGGAUUUUUUUUCUUUUUUCAGAAUAUUGGUCAAAAACUAAUGAAGGAAUUAAGUAUAGAAUCGUCAAAUUUUAACAGCUUUCAAUUAAAUCUUAUUUGCUCCUUUUUAUCUGGUCUAAUAACAUCUCCUUUUGACGUAGUUAGGAUUAGGUAUCAAAUUCAAGAAAAAAAUAAAACAUUGUUCUAUUAUAAUAAUUCCUUUGAUGGAAUAAAUAAAUUGUUAAAAGAAGGAAAUAUUUUUAAUUUAUUUAAAGGAAACAUAUAUAGAUGUAGCUUACUCUGCCUUAGUAUGUCAAUUAAUGUAACUAUUAUUGAAAUUCUUAAAAAAAUUCUUAAUAAUACAAAUAAUAUAAAAAAUUAA